AGAAAUGGGAUGGAAGCCAGAUACCAAAACAUUAGCCUAACAUAGCCCCUCUGCUUGUUCCUUGAAGGUCUUCUACUUCAGCAUGACACCGCCCCCGAAAAUGAAGCUACUACUGUUCCUGGCUUCCCAGAUGGCUGUCUUUGUUCUAUUCAUCCUUCUGUACUCCCACAACUUCAACUCCCUGCAGAUGAAGGAAGAACCCAAGCCUGCGUACAUGCAUGUGCUCAUCCUGUCUUCGUGGCGCUCUGGCUCUUCUUUCGUAGGGCAGCUUUUUGGGCAGCACCCAGACGUCUUCUACCUGAUGGAGCCUGCCUGGCACGUCUGGAUGACCUUCACACAAAGUACUCCCCAGAGGUUGCACAUGGCAGUGCGGGAUCUCAUACGGGCCGUCUUUCUGUGUGACAUGAGCGUCUUUGAUGCCUACAUGAAACCUGGCCCCCGAAAACAGUCCAGCCUCUUCCAGUGGGAAGGCAGCCGGGCCCUGUGUUCUCCACCUGCCUGCAACAUCUUCCCGCGAGAUAAGAUCAUACCCCAGGCUCACUGUAAGCUUCUGUGCAAUCAAGAGCCCUUUGAGGUGGUGGAGAAGGCCUGCCGCACCUACAGCCACGUGGUGCUCAAGGAGGUCCGUUUCUUCAAACUGCAGGUGCUCUACCCGCUGCUGAGAGACCCUUCCCUCAAUCUGCACAUUGUGCAUCUGGUCCGGGACCCCCGGGCGGUGUUCCGUUCCCGAGAACACACCACGGAGGAACUCAUGACUGACACCCACAUUGUGAUGGGGCAGCAUCUGCAGAAACUCAAAAAGGAGGAUCAACCCUACUACGCAAUGCAAGUCAUCUGCCAAAGCCAGCUGGAGAUCUACAAGGCUGUGCAGUCCUUGCCCAAAGCCCUGAGGCAGCGCUACUUGCUCGUGCGCUAUGAGGACUUGGUCCGGGACCCCCUGGCCCAGACUGCCCGAAUGUAUGAAUAUGCAGGGUUGAAAUUCUUGCCCCAGCUCCAGACCUGGGUGCACAACAUCACUCGAGGCAAGGGCAUGGGUGAGCAUGCCUUCCACACAAAUGCCAGGAAUGCCCUCAAUGUCUCUCAGGCCUGGCGCUGGUCCUUGCCUUAUGAAAAGGUUUCUCGGCUUCAGAAAGUCUGCAGGAAUACCAUGAAUUUGCUGGGCUACCACCUUGUCACAUCUCAGCAAGAGCAGAAAAACCUGUCGCUGAAUCUUCUGUCUACCUGGAGUCCCGCUGAGCAAGUCUACCAAGAGGGCUGAGGAGGCUCUGUCUCCACCUGGCACCCACUUCAGCCACGUUAACUGAUGGCAGCUUCUGAGCCUCGACCGUGUGUGUCAGCGUACGCGUGAGCAUGAGUUGUGCCCAAACAUGUUCAAGUCGAGAAAUCUUUGUGUCUCUGCUCAUAUCUAGAGAAGAGACUUAGGAACCUUAUGUGAGGGGCACGAUCCAGCAACAAAGCAGAAGUAAUGUCUUUAUUCUCUUCUUGGCCUUCUUACCUAUGUAUACCUCAGAGACUUUGUGGCCUGGGCCCUAUGUGGCACCAUGCAGUAUCACUGGAGUAAAUCCAUAAACUCUUCUGUCCACAUCUUGCCCGGCGGGAAAGGAGAGAGACAGGAAAAACCAGGGAAAUAGGUCUCCCACCAAACAGUCCAUCAGCACAUUCAACAGGGAUGUGAACUCUGAGCCCUCAGAGAAUGGGCAACAGGGUUGGAUGCUUACCUGUGAGCUUGGCCAUCACAGCUAUCCAUUACCACAAAUAUGGAACAAAAUCUCUGCACAACAGAGGAAGCUUUUUUUUUUUUUUUUUUUUUUUUGCGGUAUGCGGGCCUCUCACUGUUGUGGCCUCUCCCAUUGCGGAGCACAGGCUCCGGACGCACAGGCUCAGUGGCCAUGGCUCACGGGCCCAGCCGCUCUGCGGCAUGUGGGAUCUUCCCGGACCGGGGCAUGAACCCAUGUCCCCUGCAUCGGCAGGCGGACCCUCAACCACUGCGCCACCAGGGAAACCCCCAGGGGAAGCUUUUAAGUUCACGGGAUGGCUGGGCCCAAUUUGGACAUCUGUUCCCCUCAGUGUUUUCCUAUUUUAACCUGUGAAGCUGCCAUCUGUUAACACUAAAAUUCCAAAAUAAGGUUCUGUUUGGAGUGUACCUUUUUAUGCUUUCUAAUUACUUAGUAGUAAAUGCUCAUUCUUAUGGGAUCCUAACUAAGAGCCUAAACAUCUUUACAGAUUUUUUUGACUGGGAUAUUUUACUUUUUAAUUUUUAAAAAGUUUUUAUUGAAAUAUAGUUGAUUCACAAUGUUGUGUUGGUUUCAGGUGUAUUGCAAAGUGAUCCAGUUAUACAUAUAUAUAUAUAAAAAUAUAUAUAUUCUCAUCUUUUAUUAUUAUCUAUCACCCACACAUAGAAAAACAUGUUAAGACAGUGUUUGGUUCAGAUGAUGGGCUAAGGUCUAAACUGAUCAAUACUGAUCGAUACACUGUCCUCUUAAGAAUUUGUAGAAAGUAGACAGCUAGCAGCUAAGCCCUUUCUUGUGUGCAGUGUAAGCUAUAGUAAUACCAGGUGGAUCACUCUAGGUUCUGGAGUUCUUUUAAUCUCAUACCUCAGCCAGAGGACCUCGGUUAUAAUACGAUUGGUGCUCUUCAGCUCUUCCUGGUCACCUCCCCUAACAAGAAAAGUUGUUUCCCCCAGUCUUUGCAGGAUUCCCCAGAUCUAGUUUGUGCAUCAGAAUCACCUGUUAAAGAUGUGUUUUGCCAUGCCCUACCUCAGCUCUGCUGGAAAUGGAAUCUCCCAGGAGAGGCUGGGAUUCUGUAUGUUUAUCAGUUGACUCUGUGUAACUCUUCCACAGCCAGCCUGACGAUGGUACACCCUGCCCUGGGCAACAGCACUCUCUGCCUUCUUGUUCCAAGACAGGUGACU